AUGGCCGGAACCGCACUGAAGAGACUCAUGGCAGAGUAUAAACGUGAGUACCGUGACCAGCUGUGUCGUCACCCCUGAUCCGACCAAUGAGAGAACGCGGAGUUUUGCUAAACAGGCUAAGCUAAUACCUCAGUGAGCCCGCUAAUCCUUCUACCCCAAACAUCACCGUAAAAACAGUCGAUUUAAAGUUCCGCUGUUGUGUCAAAGUCACACUUUAACAUUACAGUAAAACUAAACAGUAUUUUAAACUGUAGAAAGUUAACUUAACUUUGGCGUUGUAAUAUUUCACUUUAGUUCAGGUUUUAGUCCACAGAAGUGUGAUGAAAUCUCAGAGCAGCAGCAGCAGCAGUGGCAGGUUGGUUUUUAUAACGCUGUCUUAAAUUUGGCUGAUAUUUGAAUGGAGUUUGGUGCGCACAGACAUAUCGAGGCCAGCUUUGAUUCUUGUGUUAAAUGACAGAGUUUUAUUUGGCUUAAAUGAUAUUUCAGUUAAUUUAUGGACACAUGAGUGUUCUUCAACCUUUAAACAUGUUAAUAUGAGUUUAGCUGUUUGUUCUUAUUUAGUAGUUAACAGUAGUUUAGUAGCUCACCUGUCCUGAGUAUACCUGUCCGAGCUCAGGUAUGUUUGUGUCGUUAUUCACAUAGAUGUGGUGAGUCACAGUGUGAGUCCCCCUGUGUGUGUUUUUGUGUUUCAGAGCUGACCCUGAACCCACCUGAGGGGAUCGUUGCAGGUGAGACUUUAUAUUUUCAUGUUUUAUUGACUAAAAGGUUCUAAAGAUGUUCAGAUUCUUCUUCAUGUCAGUGUCUGAUAACAGAAGAAGAACCCUGAUACAUUAACACACAUAACAGAUAACAAAUACAGACACCCUACUCCACACACACACAACCCCAACCAGCAAACACCUAAAACAGACAAAACUUAUGAACAAGGAAAAGAAUCAUGUGAACAUAAAUGAAAAAAAUAAAGAAAAUUAAUCAGAGACCAUUUCACAGAGUCAUUCAGAAGUGAUAAAAAGAGGUAAAAGAACAUAAAGAGGUUAUUCUAAUCUAAAACGAUCUUUAACCGACUUCUUCAAAGACUCAAGGAAUAAAGAAAAAUGUGAAGUUUAUUUGUCUGAGAGAGGACGGAGAGUUCUGUUAAAUAUGAAGGUCAGUGGAGAUAAACACGUUUAAAAAGGACAUGAAGCGGAUGAAAUGAGCGGUUCAGUGAGUCAAACAGAAAACAGUGAUGAGUCCAAACAAAUCUACACAAAGGGUUAAAGAAAACAGUCAGAGGUGAUUUGAUCAGCUAUAUCAGCAUAAUCAAUAUCAGCUGUGAUGUUCGUCUUUUUCUGACAUUUAGAGUAAAACAGUCGUACGAUACAGUGAUGGAGGACGACCAUAUGACUUUAUACAGAAACAGGUUCAUUCUCUCUGUAAAGUCCGUCUCUCAGUCUGACCUCCACCUUUCUGCUGGUCUGACGUUGAGUCUGUUUGUUUCUGCAGGUCCAGUGAACGAGGAGAACUUCUUUGAGUGGGAGGCCCUGAUCAUGUGAGUACUCCUGAGAACGACAUCAGUCCAGGUUUGGAUCUCUCUGUUUAAGACCUGAACCCUGUCUGAGACCCCAGAUCCUGAGGUUUAUAAAACAGCUGAGAUCUCAGCCUCUGUAGCAGGUAGAAACAACAUUCAACAAGGGACACACAGGUCCAGGUUAGACCCCUUUAAACCACCUGUCAGGCGGUCCUGGUCCUGGUCCUGGUCAGGUGAGAGCAGACAGGUGUGUGUUUCUCCUGUGGUUGAUGGACCCAGCAGGUGUGAUGUAGGAGGUGACCAGCAGGUGUCACUGUUCACACACUCAUCUAAAUAAAGGUCUGGACUCUCUGGCUGUGUCUCAUUUCAGAGACCGCAUUGACCUAAGUGCCCUUCUGCACCGUCGAACGGUGCAUUUGAAGCGUGCAUGACGUCACAACGGUGCGAACGGUGUCCCAUUUGGCACGAGAUGCUAAAAAAUGCUAAGCGCACUUAGCAUGUUUUCAAGCGUGGAUUUAUGCGCGCUUUCGUGCCGUCGGUAUCCCAGAAUGCUUUGCGUGCCGCUGCACAGCUGCGCAUUUCAGGUGAGAGGCUGGACUCGCUUGGAGACACAGCGCGUCUUCGAAGAAAUUACAAGAAAUCCAAAAACAGCAGACAGUCAGCUCAGGCUGUAUGAGAGCAUGAUCUCUGAACUCACUAAAAUCUGUUAACCAAACAUUAUAGAUUUAGAGACGAACUGAUCCGCUCUGCUUCAACAAUCAAAAACAUUCGAAAUAAGAAAGCUGACAAAACUACAGCAGAGUAUCAGGACAACAUUGAGGUUUUUUUCUUUUAAGAUUUAGAGAUUAAAGUUGUAAAUUUAGGAGAAUAAAGUCAUAAAGUAAAUAAAGUCAUAAAGCUGCUUUUGUGGAGGGGGCAAUGACUGAAGCUGGUCAUCUGCAGGGUUAUCUGUGGAUGUAUCAGCGGGUCAUUCAGAGAGAUUUUGUGGUUUCUGAAGAAACAAUCAAACUGAUGAUGAUCAACAUUUGUGAUCCAGAGGGAGUCGAGCUCCGACGAGCACCACGUCUCUGACACCGGCCGUAGCCUACACCUGCAGAGACACCAACACCUUAUUAUGGCAUAUGGAUUCAUAUCAUAAAUUAAAGCUCAAUGUCAUUCACGGAUAUUUACGGCUGCAUUGACAGAUAUAUCCUCAGCAUAUUCAUUUCUGCCUCCACAAAAGCAGCGAUUUCCUUCAAGUACACCAGUUUUUUUCCCCGUGGAAAAGACGUAUUUCUCAUAUAUUCUUUUUUUAAAGUCUUUUUACUUAUGACAAUGUGAUGCUGAUGUGCCAGAGGAUGAAGUAUCUCCUAUCCUCCUUCUCAAUAGGGCCCUCAUACUCCUUCAUACAAAACAAUCAUUGGAUUAAUUUUGUGGGAAUGAUCUGGGCUUGUAUGUAUCUACUAUUUUGUGUCUGUGCAAGGUCGCACAAUUAAAACAAUACAUGCUGCGCUCCGCAGCUUUUUUCUAAUCAGUCGUGACGUAAGCCUGAGGGCGGGGACAUUUGGAGACCUUCGGAGGACUUCCUGGUGGAGUUGCCAAAUGUCCCCGCCCUCAGGCUCGCGUCACGACUGACUUAAAGGAAACCCGCGGAGCGCAGCAUUUAUUGUUUUAAUUGUGCGACCUUGCACAGACACAAAAUAGUAGAUACAUACAAGCACAAUUCAUCCAAUGAUUGUUUUGUAAGAAGGAGUAUGAGGGCCAUAUUGAGAUUUAAGACUUUAAGGACUUCGAGAUUUAAGUCGUGAAUUUACGAGAAUAAAGUCAUUAAUUUAUGAGAAUGAAGUCAUAACCUGUUAUUUCAGAGAGACUUGUUAAAAUUAGGGCCAUGAAGCAUUUGAAGGAACUGUGCUUCAGUAUAGGUUUCACAAACAAGGAGAUUCUUCAUCCUCUGGCACAUCAGCAUAACAUUGUCAUAAGUAUAAAGACUUUAAAAAGAAUAUAUGAGAAAUACGUCUUUUCCACAGGGAAAAAAUUUGUGUACUUGAAGGAAAUCGCUGCUUUUGUGGAGGCAGAAAUGAAUAUGCUGAGGAUAUAUCUGUCAAUGCAGCCGUAAAUAUCUGUGAAUGACAUUGAGCUGUAAUUUAUGAUAUGAAUCCAUAUGCAGUAAUAAGGUGUUGGUGUCUCUGCAGGUGUAGGCUACCGCCGGUGUCAGAGACGUGGUGCUCGUCGGAGCUCGACUCCCUCUGGAUCACAAAUGUUGAUCAUCAUCAGUUUGAUUGUUUCUUCAGAAACCACAAAAUCUCUCUUAAUGACCCGCUGAUACAUCCACAGAUAACCCUGCAGAUGACCAGCUUCAGUCAUUUCCCCCUCCGCAAAAGCAGCUUUAUGACUUUAUUUACUUUAUGAUUUUAUUCUCCUAAAUUUACAACUUUAAUCUCUAAAUCUUAAAAGAAAAAAAAACCUCAAUGUUGUCCUGAUACUCUGCUGUAGUUUUGUCAGCUUUCUCAUUUCUAAUGUUUUUGAUAGUUGUAACACAGCGGAUCAGUUCGUCUCUAAAUCUAUAAUGUUUGGUUUACAGAUUUUAGUGAGUUCAGAGAUCAUGCUCUCAUACAGCCUGAGCUGACUGUCUGAUGGUUUUGGAUUGCUUGUAUUUUCUUCGAAGACGCGCUGUGUCUCCAAGCGAGUCCAGCCUCUCACCUGAAAUGCACAGCUGUGCAGCGGCACGCAAAGAAUUCUGGGAUACCGACGGCACGAAAGCGUGCAUACAUGCACGCUUGAAAACGAGGCGGGGGUAGUGUGGUUUUGAGACCGAAUUUGAAGCGCGCUUAGUAUUUUGUGCCAAACGGGACACCGUUCAUGCCGCGUGGUGACCUCACGUACGCGUCAGAUGCGCCGUUCGAUGGCUGCUGUAUCUGAAAUGGGACACAGGAAGGGCACAGAACGGCGCAAAACGGCGUAAAACGGCUCAAAACGGCAGUGCACUCAGCUAAGCGCCGUUAAGCGCGCUUAUCACGAUGCGGUCUCUGAAAUGAGACACAGCCUCUGUGUGUUUUCAUGUCCUCCAUAAACUCCAGAGAAGUUCUGACAGAAGUUCGAACAGAAGUUCUGAUGGAGGUUCUGAUGGAGGUUCUGACGGAGUUUCUUCUCUUUUUUUCUCUAUUUUAUCAGAAACUCUUCAGACGAGUCUGUUGAACCAGAAAUUUUCAGUUUUAUCGACUUUUUUUAUUUAAAUGUAAAUAAAACCAAAAACUGACUAAAGCAGUCAGUCUGUUUUACCCUUUAACUGGAGUGACUGGAGUCUUACUGUCGCUGUGACCUCCCUGUUCUUUAACAACACUAAGAUCCUCUGAUGACCUCUGACCCCCAAUCUCCACCUUCAUCCUGAUCGUCUCCUAAAAGGUCGUAUCCUCCGAUCGUAGCUGAUCGUAACCAUUCAAGUUAACGUGUCAAUUUACACCGACUUCUUUCCGUUCCUCUGCGGAUCGCCGGACUCCUCAGCUGAUCACAAGAGUUCUAUUUUUUCUGGACGCCGGAGCAUGGCGGAUAAAUUCAGCACAGAUUAACCCGUGCUGGAAAGGAAGUCGGGCACAGACACAAAAUAAAACAUCCGGCUUCUUUUCAAAAUAAAACACUCCGUGUUUCAGGAGGAUCGUAUUUCACACCAUGCAAACGGGCGGAGACGAACAAGUGAAAGGUUUUUAGACGUCAUUUCACCCCGAUGACACCAUGGAUGAGGAGAUGCUGAUUCUAGAAGUCUAGAAGUAGAUUUCCUCCUCUGGAAGGACACAAUCUACUGCUUAUAUGUCUAUGUGUCUGUCUUUAGAGAGACAACUCGUUAUCGUGAGAUUGAACGUGAAUCUGCAGGUUCUUCUGAUUUCUCGUGAUUCCUGCUGUCAGUAAUCCGCCACGAAAUUCGCCUCACAAACGGAUCUGGUAGGAACUGGUGGACGGUGAAAAUCGCUGCCGUUCCAGAUCGGAGCUGUUCUGGAUGUGGUGGAAAUUGGGGGUCCGAAAGAAAUGCUGGUUAUAGAAGCAGGAAGUGUCCGUUCAGACCGUGUCGGUCUUCCUGCUGAGUCAGCACUAACGGAGCCUCCUGUUGUUGUCGUCGUGGUCGUCGUCUUUGUUGGCGUGCCAGAAGCUCCAGUCUGCCCUUCAAUUUAACCUGCAGCUCGCACACUUUACCUGUCUGCAUACCUGCUCAGAGUGACAUCAUCAGCACACAUCCCAUAAUUACCUGAGUGUGACACACACACACACACACACACACACACACACACACACACACACACACACACACCCCUGCGCUCCUCUGUGAUCGUCAGUUGGAGGUCGAUCAGGUCAGGUCUGAGUUUCUUUAUCAGACGGUCGUUAGAACAGCUGAUGAUCCAAAUCAGCGCCGCUCUGAUCCUCCGCCGUGUGCCGCUGAGAUAACCACAGAGAGUGCGGAUGUGGAUUUCAAAGCUGCGGUGGUGUGUGAUGGAGGAGGCGUGUCCGAGUCUGAAAUAACCUGCAGAUAGACGAUCCAGGAUCAGAUCAGAUUCAAAGAGGAAAACUAAAUGAGUGCAGAUAUUCAAAACCGAGCGGACUGUGAGCACGCCAUGCUGAUAAAAAUACACCCUGACCCUGAAACUGGACCACAGAGAGAGCUGGAUCUGCACUCUGAUGGAGGAAGACCACAGUCUGUAUUUACUCUGGACAUCUUGGCUCCGCCUCCCGCCUGUUUACAGAUUUAAAGCUGAAAAGUUUUUUUCUUCACUUCCUGAAACCAACAUUCAGCCGGAGAGUCUCUGUGAUGACGCUCGGCUCAAACAGCGUAUCCCCCGGUGAUCUACUCAAUCUCUGUCCUCCCAUUGGCUGUAUCAGGUGUCAAUCAUAGAAAACAUGAACUCCCUAAUAACUUUUAAAAAUGGAGCUGUACAGAAAAAAGAGGACUUGAGCUCAAACCAGUCUGACAGUAACUACAUGUCAACAUCACAACCAGGGGGGAGAAACAUUUAUAUUCUGUGUCAUUCAUUUAUAAAGUUUGUCCACAGCUCCAUAAGGAGGCGGGGGUUUAUGACCUAUACUGCAGCCCGUCACCAGAGGGUGCUGUUCUCAGAGUGAGGAGGCAGACGGCGGCUAUUCUAGAUCCAGUUUCUCUCUCUGUGGACCUGAACCGAGAACUCAGACCUGAGUUUGUCCUGAUUUAGCAGCAGAAGUUCGUCAGGAUGUUCGUCUAAAACUCGUUUAAAAAGGUCGUUAACGGGCCGCAGUCAUCAGGAGACACGGGAACCUAAGUCUGCGUGUGGUCAGCACAGCUGUGAAGGUCGAUUCCGUGUCUCCUGAUGGGAACAGGUAGAGGUUAAAAAGUGUUGGACCUAAAAUGGGGAACGCCACAGUCCUUCGUCUUUGAUGAGCGUUCCUCAGAGCGAACGUCAAACUUCCUGUCACUGAGACAUGAACCAGUUAAACCAGUUAAACCAGUUAAACCAGAGAGUCCAGUGAGGUUCUGGAGUCUGACCCACUGUUUGUUCCUCAUCAUGAAGCUCCGAGUGUUUCAGGUCUGGAGGAGGUCUGGAGGAGGUCUGUGGUCUUCAUGUCUCUGUUUUUGUGUUUUUUCAGGGGUCCUCAGGACACGUGUUUUGAAGGUGGCGUGUUUCCCGCCGUCCUCAGCUUCCCUUCAGACUACCCCCUCAGCCCCCCAAAGAUGAGGUUCACCUGCGACAUGUUCCACCCCAACAGUGAGUCCACGCCUCCUCACACACACGCCGUCAUGUGACAUCAGACUCCGACUUGAAAGCUUCAUCAGACGAGUCUGAGCGUGUCACGGCGUUCUGCCGCCGUUAGCACGCUGUUAGCAUGUCAUUAGCAUGCUAUCAUUAGCGCUCUGAUUAGUGGACUGAGUCAUGAUGUCACAGCAGGGAGUCAGUCUGAGCACGCUCAGUACUGAUUAGAGGACGGGACACUACGCCCGUGACCCCUCAUCAUCAUCAUCAUCAUCAUCAUCAAACACACACACACACACACACACACUCACACACACACACACACACACACACACACUCACACACACACAGACACACACACACACACACACACACACUCACCAGCAUGUCCCUGAUCUGAACUUCCUGCUCUAAGUGUUUCUGUGAUCCUCCAACAACAAACAAGAGAAACAAGAAAAAACAACGAAGUCUGUGUGUCUGUGAGUGUGUGUGUGUACAUUAGUGUUUAUUUCAGAUUACGUUGAUUCCUUCAUCCUCACUUGUCUCCUUUUCCUCUCCUCUCCUCCUCCUCCCCCUCCCUCCUCUCCUCUCCUCCUCCUCUUUCUCCUCCUCCUCUCCUCCUCUCCUCUCCCUCCUCCUCUCCUCACCUCUUCUCCUCCUCCUCUCCUCUCCUCCUCCUCUCCUCCCCUCCUCUCCUCUCCUCCUCACCUCUCCUCCUCCUCCUCUCUUCCUCCUCUUUCUCCUCCUCUCCUCUCCUCAUCUCCUCUCCCUCCUUCUCCUCUCCUCUCCCUCCUCCUCUCCUCACCUCUUCUCCUCCUUCUCUUUCUUCUCCUCCUCUCCUCUCCUCCCUCCCCCUCCUCUCCUCUCCUUUCCUCCCCUCCUACUCCCUCCUCUCUCCCCUCCUCCUCCUCCUCCUCCUCAGUCUACCCUGACGGGCGGGUCUGUAUCUCCAUCCUCCACGCCCCUGGCGAUGACCCCAUGGGUUAUGAGAGCAGCGCUGAGAGGUGGAGUCCGGUUCAGAGCGUGGAGAAGAUCCUCCUGUCCGUGGUCAGCAUGCUGGCAGGUAACCUGUGACAUCACUGAUGACGUCACUGAUGAUGUUUCCUUCUGCCCUUGUUUUAUUUCCUCCAAUGUUUCCUAAUCUCUCCUUGUCUCCUUAUGUCCUCUUUAUCCCCUUGUUUCCUCACUUUUCCUUCUGUCCUUGUUUUAUUUCCUCCGUUGUUUCCUAAUCUCUCCUUGUCUCCUUAUGUCCUCUUUAUCCCCUUGUUUCCUCACUUUUCCUUCUGUCCUUGUUUUGUUUCCUCUGUUGUUUCCUUUGUUGUUUCCUAAUCUCUCCUUGUCUCCUUAUGUCCUCUUUAUCUCCUUGUUUCCUCACUUUUCCUUCUUUCCUUGUUUUGUUUCCUCUGUUGUUUCCUUUGUUGUUUCCUAAUCUCUCCUUGUCUCCUCUCAGAGCCGAACGAUGAGAGCGGCGCCAACGUGGACGCCUCGAAGAUGUGGCGUGAGGACAGAGAGCAGUUCUACAAACUCGCCCAGAAGAUCGUCAGGAAGUCUCUGGGCCUUUAG